UGCUGCACUGACAUUUAGCAUGGCAACCGCCGUUAAACGUUAUCGAAGAAGAACAUUUAGUAUGAAUGGAAACUGGAUGCGAAUGAGCUUGCUAUCAUUUUGAGUGGACCGGUGAAUGCUAGUCAAUUUAAUCUGGGGAUAUAAACCAUACUAAGUUAUUUAAAUAUAAACAGUUGUAUCUUCUGAAUAAAGACUGGAAGGCGUGUGAACGGGCGGCUGUUCAACCAGUGAGUCCAACUAGCAACACAUGCUAGCUUGCUAACUUUAAAUAGAGACCAAGGCCAGAAUAAAGAUGGAAACAAUACUUAACCUACCAAUCGAAAAUAAGAUAUUUUAUGCUGUUCUGGUGUUCUCGUGGACGGUGUAUCUAUGGGAGGCCUACCUUUCCUACAGACAGCGGAGAAUAUACAGGUUGACCAUGCACGUACCACAAGAGUUGGGGAAGAUCAUGGACACAGACACCUUUGAGAAGUCACGUCUUUAUCAACUGGACAAGAGCAACUUCAGUUUCUGGUCUGGACUGUAUUCAGAAACUGAGGGGACGCUGAUCCUGCUGUUUGGCGGAAUCCCUUUCGUUUGGAAAGUUGCUGGGACAGUGACUGCUCGUUUUGGAUUGGGUCCAGAGUAUGAGAUCUUCCAGUCUCUUUCGUUUCUGAUACUAGCAACCCUGUUCAGUGCAUUCACUGGUCUUCCCUGGAGUAUCUACAACACCUUUGUUAUUGAGGAGAAGCAUGGCUUCAACCAGCAGACGCUGGGGUUCUUCCUAAAGGAUGCUGUAAAGAAGUUUAUUGUGACCCAGUGUAUCUUGUUGCCUGUGACCUCACUGCUCCUCUACAUCAUCAAGAUUGGUGGAGACUUCUUCUUCAUCUACGCCUGGCUCUUCACACUGGGUGUCUCGCUUGUUCUGGUGACCAUCUAUGCGGACUACAUUGCGCCCCUAUUUGACAAGUUCACCCCUUUGCCAGAGGGUGAGCUGAAGGAAGAGAUUGAAAGCAUGUCGAAGUCUAUCAGUUUCCCUCUCACUAAGGUCUAUGUUGUAGAAGGUUCCAAGCGUUCCUCUCACAGUAACGCUUACUUCUAUGGGUUCUUCAAGAACAAGCGCAUAGUGUUGUUCGACACCCUGCUGGAGGACUACUCUCCCCUCAACAAGGAAGGCGAGCCAGAGACUGACACACUAACCGAGGACAAAUCCAAGCUCAAGAACAAGAAGCAAGGCUGCAACAAUCCAGAGGUCUUGGCGGUGUUGGGCCAUGAGCUGGGCCAUUGGAAGUUGGGCCACACUGUGAAAAACAUAGUAAUCAGUCAGAUGAACUCCUUCCUGUGCUUCUUCCUCUUUGCUGUGCUAAUUGGACAGAAGGAGCUGUUCAUGGCCUUUGGUUUCUAUAACAGCCAGCCCACUUUGAUUGGGUUGAUGAUCAUAUUCCAGUUCAUCUUCUCCCCAUACAAUGAGGUCCUGUCCUUCUGUCUGACUGUCCUGAGCCGCAGGUUUGAGUUCCAGGCGGACUCCUUUGCGCGGGGUAUGGGUCGAGCCUCGGAGCUCUGCUCUGCACUCAUCAAGCUCAACAAAGACAACCUGGGCUUCCCUGUGGCUGACUGGCUCUUUUCCAUGUGGCACUACUCCCACCCUCCCCUCCUGGAGCGCCUACGGGCCCUGGGAAGCACCAAGCAGGACUGACGAGUCCCAAAAGGAGAGCCACGCCUGCUGCCUCUCCCAAAGGGUCUCCACAUGCCUCUUCUGGCACUCUGAUGUAGUCUCCCCUAUUUUCCUCUCUGUUUCCCUAUUUUUGUUCUCCUUUAUCCUUGCCAUUAUGUUCCUUUUUUGGUUAAAUUUUUUUCCCAGUUUCAAACUUGCACAAUACCAAAAGUUUUCAGAAAUCUAGUGUGAGACCAGAUCUAUCAGCUAUGCUUAUUCUAGGUGUAAUGUGGUUAAGAAUGUCAAGCUAGCUGUGAGCUUAUGGUACAUGUUGCCGAUGGAGCUAUCGAUUUAUACAUUUUCCAGAUAGCUCAAACGGUUGGUAAGUUGUCAAGGAGAGCGGUCACAUGUGCUAGCCAGGCAUAGGUCCUGAGUUCGAGCUCAGUGCGAGCUGAAUCGGGAGGAACCUGUACUCACUAAGCAAGCAGCGUGACGUCCGUAACAUAGGCAAACAUGAACAUACAAUACCAUUGUGGGCAUAAAUAAUUACCCGAACAUUUUUUGUUUAAGCACGUGCCACUAGUACAUGUCACAUUGAUCAAGGAUUUCUCAUAUUUCAGCAAGGUUUACAUUUUUACUGAAGGUUUAUUUGAAUUUCGUUUACUCCCCUAAGAAUUUGUCAUUCCAAAUGUUUUCUCAUAAAACCUUGUUGUACAAUAGUGGAACUGUCCCUGGCCAGUAGGGGUGGAACUGUCCCUGGCCAGUAGGGGUGGAACUGUCCCUGGCCAGUAGGGGUGGAACUGUCCCUGGCCAGUAGGGGUGGAACUGUCCCUGGCCAGUAGGGGUGGAACUGUCCCUGGCCAGUAGGGGUGGAACUGUCCCUGGCCAGUAGGGGUGGAACUGUCCCUGGCCAGUAGGGGUGGAACUGUCCCUGGCCAGUAGGGGUGGAACUGUCCCUGGCCAGUAGGGGUGGAACUGUCCCUGGCCAGUAGGGGUGGAACUAUCCCUGGCCAGUAGGGGUGGAACUAUCCCUAUCCAAUCCAUUUUAGGAGGGGGUUGAGAAAAAAAUCUCAGUAGUAUCAAUAGGAUGUACAGCGAAUGGGCCAUCAAUUUAUUAUUAGUAGUAUAUCCUGCUGGUCGAUUGGCUCCAUCUACAACUGUUUAUUAUGAGAGGUGUGUGUGAACACUGGAACUUUAAAAGAUACACACCAUUUCAGAUUUAGUCAAGACUAUGCUUAAGAUGGAUCGUUGUUGAAGUUAUACAGGUAACUGCCAAAGUAAUGAAACACUUGAGGAAAUUAGAGAUACAAAGUAUAUUGAAAGCACGUGCUUCCACACUGGUGUGGUUUCUAAGUUAAUUAAGCAAUUAACAUCCCAUCGUGCUUAGGGUCAUGUAUAAAAACCAUGACAAUGCCCCCAUAGGAUGACGAUGCCCCUAUCCACGGGGCAUGAGUGGUCAAAUAAAAUUAUAUUUGACACAUGCGCCGAAUACAAUAGAUGUAGAGGUUACCAUGAAAUGCUUAUUUACAAGCCCUUAACCAACAAUGCAGAGUAAGAGGGGGAGGACAAUGUAAAUAGUCUGGGUAGCCAUUUGAUUAGAUGUCCAGGAGUCUUAUGGCUUGGGGGUAGAAGCUGUUUAGAAGCCUCUUGGACCUAGACUUGGUGCUCCGGUACCGCUUGCCGUACUGUAACAGAGAGAACAGUCUAUGACUAGGGUGGCUGGAGUCUUUGACAAUUUUUAGGGCCUUCCUCUGACACCGCCUGGUAUAGAGUUCCUGGAUGGCAGGAAGCUUGGCCAAUAACACAACCCUCUGUAGUGCCUUGCGGUCGGAAGCCGAGCGGUUACCAUACCAGACAGUGAUGCAAACAGUCAGGAUGCUCUCGGUGGGGCAGCUGUAGAACCUUUUGAGGAUAUUAGGACCCAUGCCAAAUCUUCUCGGUCUCCUGAGGGGGAAGAGGUUUCGCCGUGCCCUCUUCACAACUGUCUUGGUGUGCUUGGACCAUGUUUGAUGUAAUAUGUAAACUCAGCAAAAAAAGAAAUGUCCUCUCACUGUCAACUGCGUUUAUUUUCAGCAAACUUAAAAUGUGUAAAUAUAUGUAUGAACAUAAGAUUUAACAACGGAGACAUGUUCCUGAACAAAGGGAGGGGGUCAAAAUCAAAAGUCACUAUCUGAUGUGGCCACCAGCUGCAUUAAGUACUGCAGUGCAUCUCUUCCUCAUGGACUGCACCAGAUUUGUCAGUUCUUGCUGUGAGAUGUUACCCCACUCUUCCACCAAGGCACCUGCACGUUCCCGGACAUUUCUGGGGGGGAAUGGCUCAAGCCCUCAACCCUCCGAUCCAACAGGUCCCAGACAUGCUAAAUGGGAUUGAGAUCCGGGCUCUUCGCCGGCCAUGGCAGAACACUGAUAUUCCUGUCUUGCAGGAUAUCACGCACAGAACAACCAGUAUGGCUGGUGGCAUUGUCACGCUGAAGGGUCAUGUCAGGAUGAGCCUGCAGGAAGGGUACUACAUGAGGGAGGAGGAUGUAACACACAGUGUUGAGAUUGCCUGCAAUGACAACAAGCUCAGUCUGAUGAUGCUGUGACACACCGCCCCAGAACAUUUAUUUGACCUUUAUUUUACUAGGCAAGUCAGUUAAGAACAAAUUCUUAUUUUCAAUGACGGCCUAGGAACAGUGGGUUAACUGCCUUGUUCAGGGGCAGAAUUACAGGUUUUUGCCUUGUCAGCUCGGGGAUUCGAUCUUGCUAACUUUUGGUUCCUAGUCCAACGCUUUAACCACUAGGCUACCUGCCGCCCCGUGACAGACCCUCCACCUCCAAAUCGAUUCCACUCCAGGGUAUAGCUCUCGGUGUAACGCUCAUUCCUUCGACGAUAAACACGAAUCCGACCAUCACCCCUGGUGAGACAAAACCACGAUUUGUCAGUGAAGAGCACUUUUUGCCAUUCCUGUCUGGUCCAGCGACGUUGGGUUUGUGCCCAUAGGCGACGUUGUUGCCGGUGAGGAUCUGCCUGACAACAGGCCAACAAACCCUCAGUCCAGCCUCUCUCAGCCUAUUGCAGACCGUCUGAGCACUGAUGGAGGGAUUGUGCGUUCCUGGUGUAACUCGGGAAGAUGUUGUUGCCAUCCUGCACCUGUCCCGCAGGUGUGAUGCUCGAAUGUACUGAUCCUGUGCAGGUGUUGUUACACGUGGUCUGUCACUGCGAGGACGAUCAGCUGUCCGUCAUGUUUCCCUGUAGCGCUGUCUUAGGCGCAUCUCACAGUAUGGACAUUGCAAUUUAUUGCCCUGGCCACAUCUGCAGUCCUCAUGCCUCCUUGCAGCAUACCAAAGGCACAUUCACGCAGAUGAGCAGGGACCCUGGGUGUCUUUCUUCUGGUGUUUUUCAGAGUCGUAGAAAGGCCUUUUUAGUGGCCUAAGUUUUCAUAACUGACCUUAAUUGCCUACCGUCUGUAAGUUGUUACUCUCUUAACGACCGUUUCAAAGGUGCAUGUUCAUUAAUUGUUUAUGGUUCAUUGAACAAGCAUGGGAAACUGUGUUUAAACCCUUUACAAUGAAGAUUUGUGAAGUUAUUUGGAUUUUUAAGAAUUACCUUUGAAAGACAGGGUCCUGAAAAAGGGACUUAUUUUUUUGCUGAGUUUAGGUAAGGGUAAAGUGACUUCAUAGAUAAUAAACAGCGAGUAGCAGCAGCGUAAAAAAGGGGCUCAAUUACAAUAGUCCGGGUAGCCUUUUGAUUAACUGUUCAGUAGUUUAAUGGCUUAGGUGUAGUAGUUGUUAAGGAGCCUUUUGGACCUAGACUUGGCUUGAUGAGCAUGAACUAUGUAAACCACAGGCCGUCUUGUCACCAGAUCUCAACCCAAUUGAACACUUGUGGCAGAUUCUGGAUCAGGCGUCUGAGACAGUGUUUUCCACCACCAUUGAAACACCCAAUUUAUGGAAUUUCUUGUGGAAUAAUGGUAUUGCGUCCCUCCAAUAGAGUUCCAGAUACUUGUAGAAGCUAUGUCAAAGUGAAUUUAAGCUGUUCUGGCAGCUCAUUGUAGCCCAACACCCUAUUAAGACACUUUGUUGGUGUUUCCUUUAUUUUGGCAGUUACCUGUAUUAAGGUUUGAGUGCAUGUGACUUCCGAGGGAUCUGUCACUUGUGGUGAAAGUUUUAUUAGUUUUUAACAUUAGUUUUUAAGUAAUACUUGGGCCAAUGAUGGACCAAAGGAAUUUUCAAUUUAGGUUAAAUUUCCUAAUUUCUUUUUACAACACUUUCUAUUUUUUUAUGCACUUUUAAUGGUCUGAGCAUACUAUACUUGUAAAUCAUUGAAUAGCUUAAUGGCAAAGGGAGAAAAAAGUGAAUACAUUUGUAAUAUAUGUAUGUGGUUUGGACUCCUGUUAAUGUAUUUUUUCUUCUUCUGGUGCCUGUGUGUGUGAGUUGUGAUAGUGAACCCAGUUUUGACUGAGGAGGGGGGGGGGGACCUACAUCAGAUGAAUCAAGUGUUUGGUUUGUUAUAGGACUUUUCUUGCAGCAUUGUGAAUAAAGUCCUUCACAGCAGCUGCCUUUU